AUGCUUUUUAGCUUCUUGUUGGGACCCAAUUGGGAUUUUGGAGGGAUAUUUAAUAGGCAUAGUGGAGGAACUAUGGAUACUUUGUUGAAAACACAUAACAAGCUUGAGUUUUUGCCUCAAAUUCAUGGGUUGUCCGAGAAAGCAGGUUAUUCGAGCUCUGUAAAGAUUCAAAGCCAGGAACUUAGGUUUGGUCACAAGAAGUUUUGUUCAAAAAGAGGGAGAAAUGGUUGUGUAAAGGCUAGUAGUAGUGCACUUUUGGAGCUUGUUCCAGAAACCAAGAAGGAAAAUCUGGAGUUUGAUCUUCCUAUGUAUGACCCGUUGAAGGGCCUUGUAGUCGACCUUGCAGUUGUGGGGGGCGGUCCUGCAGGGCUUGCAGUAGCACAGCAAGUUUCGGAGGCAGGGCUCUCGGUUUGUUCGAUUGAUCCAUCUCCCAAAUUGAUUUGGCCAAAUAAUUAUGGUGUUUGGGUCGAUGAAUUUGAAGCCAUGGAUAUGCUUGAUUGCCUUGAUGCCACUUGGUCUGGUGCUGUUGUAUAUGUUGAUGACAAGACACAGAAAAACCUUGACAGGCCUUAUGGGAGGGUUAAUAGGAAGCAGCUCAAGUCCAAAAUGUUGCAGAAAUGCAUAUCCAAUGGUGUUAAGUUUCACCAAGCUAAAGUUAUCAAGGUUAUUCAUGAAGAGUCCAAAUCUCUAUUGAUUUGCAAUGAUGGUGUCACAAUCCAAGCUGCCGUGGUUCUCGAUGCAACUGGCUUUUCUAGAUGCCUUGUUCAGUAUGAUAAGCCGUAUAAUCCAGGUUACCAAGUGGCUUAUGGAAUUUUGGCUGAGGUCGAAGAGCACCCAUUUGAUGUAGAUAAGAUGGUUUUCAUGGAUUGGAGAGAUUCACAUCUGAACAACAAUUCAGAACUAAAAGAGAGAAACAGCAAGAUCCCUACUUUUCUCUAUGCAAUGCCCUUUUCUUCUGACAGGAUAUUUCUGGAAGAAACUUCACUUGUAGCUAGGCCUGGAGUACAGAUGAAAGAUAUUCAGGAAAGGAUGGUGGCAAGAUUAAGGCACCUAGGGAUAAAAGUGAAAAGCAUUGAGGAAGAUGAGCAUUGUGUCAUUCCAAUGGGGGGACCCCUCCCUGUGCUCCCUCAAAGAGUAAUUGGAAUUGGUGGUACAGCUGGUAUGGUGCACCCUUCAACUGGGUAUAUGGUAGCAAGAACUCUAGCAGCUGCUCCGAUUAUUGCUAAUUCUAUCGUUCAAUAUCUUGGUUCUGAUAGAAGCAUUUCUGGAAGUCAAUUAUCAGCUAAAGUUUGGAAAGAUUUAUGGCCUAUAGAGAGAAGGAGGCAAAGAGAGUUCUUCUGUUUUGGUAUGGAUAUUUUGCUCAAGCUUGAUUUACCUGCCACAAGAAGAUUUUUUGAUGCAUUUUUUGAUCUCGAACCUCGUUAUUGGCACGGGUUCCUGUCAUCUAGACUGUUUCUGCCUGAGCUUGUACUUUUUGGGCUUUCACUGUUCUCCCAUGCUUCUAAUACUUCUAGGUUAGAGAUUAUGGUAAAGGGAACUAUUCCUUUGGUUAAUAUGGCCAACAAUUUAAUACAGGACAGAGAAUAG